AUGCCCGUUGCGAUCGCCAUCAUGACCCCGGUCCCCGCCAGCCCGGUGCAAGUGCCCGAAUACACCACCCAGGCGAUGCAAACCCUUGUCAAGUGCGACGGCUGCUGCAAGAACAAGAAGCGGUGCAUGGGAGCGCGCGAAGGCUGCGACCGGUGCGGUGGCACCGCGGGUCGGUGCAAGAUUUAUGGAAUCCGUGGCGAUGGAAUUGUCGACUUGCCGAAGGUAGGGUUCGUGGGCUGGUUCACCGGCCACGGAUUCCGCGUCCUCAGCAACCUCCCACUCGCCACGUGCGCUGUCGCGCAAGGCGUGAUGGAGUUCGCGAUCGAGAACCUGACCGAAGGGGACUGGACGCCGAUCCACGAACCUGGAUUUGAGCACACGUUCCCCAGCAUCCCCCUCAGUGUCUGGUUCGAUCCCGACGACUGCCGCGCACUCGCCGCGCGCCUCCUCUUCGACCGCCCUGACCAGCACGUACUCGGUGCGACGAAGGCGAGAUUCCUCCUCCACGCCGUUACUCCUGCCCGCGAACGGCGGUACGCGUCCCGCCACAUGCGCGAAGGUAUGGAGGAUUGGUUCGAUGACCUCCCACUCCCGAUCGCCAGCAAGAAACGCAAGGCCAAACACACCACGAAGAAAAACGCGAAGCCCGUCGAGCGCGAAGUCCCGGCGCUGCCCUCACGUACGACCGCAGUCGCAUUCGUCGGGAAGCCACGCCCUUGGUACCCCUUCAGACACCACCUGGCGCACGAGCGUUCUAGCUCUCCACCUGCGAUCGCGCCAGCCUACAUCGGCGCGCCACCACCCCGCUUCCGACGGACGUCCCCCACGUUCUCCGCCUCACCCGCCGGACCCCCUGGUGCCCCGUCCUCCGCCCCACCCGCCCCGCCCGCUGGACAGCCUGCCACCCGGUCAACCCCGCCAAUCGCCACGACUCCCGAGUCCCCCGCCCCGGCCUCCCUCGAGGACGCGGUACGCGACAUCACGCUCGGCACUCACCGUCUCGACACUGCGCGUGUUGAGAUUCUGGCAGCGAUGCGCCAGAUCCAGGCGGGCGUCCGGGCGAUCGGACCGAACCGUGCGGCCCUGGAGGCGGCGGUUCCUCGCCUCCAGGGUUUCAACGGCGUGCUCGACGUGCUCGACUACGCACUCGAGCAUGGUGAAGACGUCGCGGCGGCGCUCCGGGUUGCGCCAGCGGACAAAGGCGAUGCGGAGGCGGCGUGGAGUUGGCUCGGGAAGGGCGGUUGGGCAGGCGCCGUUUAG